AUGUCAGAUUAUCAGUACUCAAAGACAUACAUAGCCAUGCUGCCUCCAUUAUAUCCUUGUGGAGCACCAGCUCCUAGUCGGGCCAGCGUGUACGAGGAUUUGGCAAUGGAGGCGACCAAUGAGUUUGUCGAAGAAUGGACGAUGAAUGAUCUGCCUACUGUCACUCGAGACUUCCGUUCACUCCUCUGCCCUACUACACAUGGGCAUCUGGUAACACUCCUUUACCCUGAAGCACGUCCCGAACGCAUCAAGGGUAUCGCCAAUGUACAUGACUUGAUACUAGCAGCAGACGAUGUCAGCAUAUCGUCCGCCCACAGUGAGGUAGCCAGGAAAUGCACCAAAAGCGGACUGCGUGUGAUGCAACCGAAGAUGUUCAAAGAUAUCAAGUGCACGAGUGGUCCUCAAGGGGACUCCUUAAUUCAAGCCUAUUCGCAGUAUUCGGUUUCGCUGAAAAAGUUCAGAUUGGCCCCUCGGGCGGAUGUGCACACAUUUUGCGAGUUUCUACCGAUUCGCUAUUAUGACUUUGGUUCAGUCCUACUCUUCUCAAUAAUUCCCUAUAUUCAUGGCAUCGAGUUAUCUCGGGAAGAGUCUCAAACUUUGCAUUUCAGUUUAGUUGUACUGGCUCUCGCAAUGAUUCUCUGGAACGACGUUUACAGCUGGGCGGAGGAAUCUCAAGCCCAUAUAUGGGCUAUCAUGACAGAACUCGGCUGUGAUUUAGAACCAGCUCUCACCAUAUGUCGUCAGAAGGCGCUACAAUACGAGCGAAAGUACAUGUCAGAGGCAGAGCGGCUGAUAGCCACUGCGUCUACGACUCCUAAUGUCAGAGCAAUAGCGAGAGCGAUUACACAUGUCAUCCCGGGAUUCAACUUAUGGCAUGCCACCUCUGCGCGAUAUCGCUCCGAAUGUCCUGGAAUGGAUGUAGCAAGGAAGGUGUUGGCAAGUCCACCAUCAUCUGUGGAACUUGAUAUUGCGUUUGAGGAGGAGUGUGACAGGAUAUAUGAAGGCUGUUGCGCUCUGGCGCGUCAACACCUUGGGCAAGACUGGGGACGAUGGGCUGAGAAAGUUCGAUGA